AUGAACUGGUAUGAAAACUGUAAACUAGAGAAAUUGGAGCUCGCUCCGGACUUUCAGUCAAUGCAGUCUGUGUCUCUAAAGCCAAAGACGCAGCUUGGGGGUCCGUUUCGAUUGCGGGAAAGCCGAACCGGGAAGUACAUAACCAAUGAUGAACUCUUCCAGGACAAGUGGACGCUGCUGUACUUUGGCUUUUCCAAGUGUGCUGAGAUUUGCCCCAGUACACUGAAGUUCAUCUCCGAGGUGAUGAGAGUCUGCGAUGCUAAAUACGGCCCUGAUUCUGAGCUGGCCGCAGAAGAAAGAAAGCUUCAGGCUGUAUUCCUUAGUAUCGAUUUUAUUCGUGACAACCCAGAGGUCGUUGAGCAAUUAGUGCGCAAAUACGAUCCACGUGUUCGCGGGCUGUGCGGGACACGGGAGGAGGUAGAUGCGGCUGCACGUGCUUGGAGAGUGUACUACUCGUCUGUGGACGAGACAUCUGAGGAGCGCGACGCUCGGGAAGCGGCCGGUGUGGCAGUGCCGGAAAUUGACGACACCUAUCAGCUGGAUCACAGCAGUGCCAUUUACCUGGUCGGACCAGAUGGAAAAAUGAAGGACUUUUUCUUCAAGGAAAUGGGAGUGGAAGACAUUGUAAGCCGAGUCGGUAUUCAUUUCAGUGAUAUUUACGGCUUCAGUGAUACACGUCAGACUCCGCGGAAGUGA